GUCCAGUGAAAUGUUAAGUGUCAAACAGUAAUCUGUGCCUGCUACUGCUGAGGAGAUCGCAGCUCUGGAACGGUCUCCUGGUGCUCGCUGGACCUCUCCAGCAUGCGGGUGACAGUUGAAUCCAGUCCUCCUCUCUUUGAAGGAACUCUGCUCUGAUAGUGGUUAAUCAGACUCCAGUAGGAAUGUCCUACUGGUCUGUUGGCCUUCCCCAGGACUCUGGAGACACUCCCAGCAACAUGGAACAUCAAAGCAGCCCUGGGGAGGAAAUGGGAGCCAAGGCAUCGUUGGUGGAUGGUGUGGGGCCCGGCUCUGCACUCGUUCCUUCUCUCACUCUGGAGAACAUCCAGGCAGCAUAUGAACAUAGAGAGGAGGAGGCUGCCAGGGAGCUGAUCCAACAAGCCUGCUGCAUUGAGUGCAGCACAGCGACGCCCCAGAUCGAUAGGGUACGUCUCCUGUGUGUGGCCACUCAGCAUGGUGAUCUGGAGAGUGUGCGUUACCUCCUUAAAGAAGCCCGCAUCACUGUGCCCCAGGAGCCGUCCAACAGCAACCCAGCCAUCCUGGCAGCAUACUACGGCCACACCAGCCUCAUCAAAGAACUGCUUGAUUCUAUACCUGGUCCAUGUCUGAGGAGAGACUUACUGAACUGGAUGCUGGCCACAUCUUGCCAGCAGGGUCACCUGGAUGUGGUCCAGCUGCUGGUCCAUACCUAUGAUGCUGAUGCCAAGGACUGUGCCAUCCACAGUGAUGAGUUUGCUGUCGUCACUGGACUGCCGCUGUACGCAGCUGCACAAGCAGGUAAUGAGGAGAUAGCUCGCUUCCUGCUGCAGAAUGGAGCAGGAUUCUCCUCAUACACCCUGAUAGACCAUCCAGCCUUCAGCAAACACCUGCUCAGACUCAAACUACAGGAAACACCCAACAGAGAAGUAGAGGAGGCAGUCAGUGUGUGUUGGAGCGGUCUGCAGCUGCCCUGGUUGGAGCUGGAUUGGUUCAUAGACAUCUCCUCACGUAUUGCCCAUCUGGAUCUGUCAUCCAACAGCCUGGCUGCUCUGCCGUCUGUGGUGCCGUGGGGUCUGAUCCACCUGCAAACUCUAGAUCUUUCUAACAACCUGCUGAAAGAGCUGCCUUCCGCUCACAGCUCCCAGGAGGUCAUCUGCUCCAGUUUACAGCAGGUAGAUCUCUCUCAGAACCAGCUCACCAGUUUGCCACCUGGACUUCUCCAUCUGACCCACAUCAAGAGACUUUCUGCUGCCAAGAACCAGCUUACAGUCCUGUUUGACAUCCCUGCCACUACAAAUUGGAUCGGUCUUCGUAAGGUGGAGGAGCUAGAUGUGUCUGAUAACUGUCUGACCAGUCUGCCUGUGGCAACCAUGCACUGUUUGAAAUCCCUGAGCUUCCUCAAUGUGUGCAGGAACAAACUGAGCACCUUCCCUGACCCCUGGCCUUGUCCACUGAAGCAAUGCAAAGCUUCUUCCAAUGUGAUUGAAAGUCUUCCAAACACGAUCUCCAUCUUCUGGAGGAAUAGGCUGCAGGAGGUGGACUUCUCUGACAAUAGCCUGAGGGAACUGCCCUCAUACAUCUUUGAAAUGGAGGCUCUGGUCUCAUUGAGACUGUGUGGGAAUCAUAUUGCGACACUCCCAGCCCCCAGUAAGUGGAAGUGCUCUCAGCUCAAGACCCUUGAUCUUUCCAGGAACCAGCUGGGCAAAACAGAGGAGGGGCCCAAAUCGAGGAGGCUGGCCUUCUUGACUACAUGGAACAGGAGGGACCCAGACCCAGUGUGCCCCAUAGAGUUUCCCAUGAUUCUGCGGGAUUCACUGGAAGUUCUUUACUUGAAUGACAACCAGCUGGAGUGUGUUCCCCAAUCAGUGUGUGGUCUGCACAGCCUCACUGAGCUCUACCUGUCCAAUAAUCCCGGAAUCCGGGAGCUUCCAGUAGAGCUCGGUCAACUCUCCAAUCUUUGGCAGCUGGACACUGAAGACCUCAACAUUACUAAUGUUCCCCAGGAAGUGCGAAAAGAAGGUCCUGCAUCUGUCCUUGCUUUCCUCCGGGCACACCUUCGAAAGGCAGAGCCUUGUAAAAUGCUGAAGAUGCUUGUGAUUGGUCCACCGAGGCAAGGGAAAUCAGCCAUUCUGGAGGCUCUACAGACAGGCAAGGCGUCUGCCUUCACCCCGGCGGAACGCAGCAUCUCCACAUCCACCUGGGAGCUGGACAAACCCAACAGUGGCAAAAACAGCAAGGACUCAGUGGCAUUCAACGUGUGGGACAUUGGUGGUCAAGCCAGCAUGUCCACAGUGAACCAGUGUUUCUUCACUGAUAAGGCCCUGUAUGUGGUGAUCUGGAACCUGGCUCUGGGAGAGGAGGCUGUGGCCAGCCUGCAGACAUGGCUGCUCAACAUUGAGGCACGAGCACCAAACUCUGCAGUGGUGGUUGUGGGAACACAUUUGGAUCUCAUCGAUACAAAGUUUCGCACUGAGAGACUGGCUACGCUGAGAGCUUAUAUUCUGUCUCUGUGCCGAUCCCCGUCUGGGGCUCGAGCCACUGGCUACCCUGACAUCACCUGGAAACACCUAUAUGAAGUUUCCUGUAAGACCCUGGAGGGUUUUGAAGGGCUGAAGAAGCUGAUCUACCAGGUGGCUCUCUCCAUGAAAGACAGUGGCAGCUCAGCCUGUGGCAGUAAAUUGCUGGGCAGACUGAUCCCCAGGAGUUAUGUGACACUUCAGGAAGCAGUGAUAGCGGAGAAGCAGAGGCGAGAUGCAGAGGGAGAUGUCCAGUAUCUAACUGAUGCCCAGCUGCACCGCAUCAUUGAACAGAACCCAAAAAGUGACAUUAGUGACUAUGAGGACCUACAGACUGCCAUCAGCUUCUUAAUAGAGACGGGGACCCUGCUGCACUUCCCAGACACCAGCCAUGGCCUGCGUACCCUCUAUUUCCUAUGUCCUGUGUGGCUGUCUGAAUGCCUAGAGAGGAUCAUACACCUCAAGUCCUCUCGCUCUGUAGCCAGGAAUGGAGUUAUUCGAGCUGAGGACCUUAGGAUGCUGUUGGUAGGAACUGGGUUUACGCAGCAGACAGAGGAACAGUAUUUCCAGUUUCUAGCCAAGUUUGAGAUUGCUCUACCUGUGGCCAACAACAGCUAUCUGCUGCCCCACCUCCUUCCCCCCAAGCCAGCCAUGGACCUCCACGUCUUCCGCCAGCAGUUCAACAACACCCUACAACGUCUUUUCAAAAUGAGCUUUGUUCCUGCCGGAUUUUGGGAGCGCUUCAUUGCGAGGAUGCUCAUCAGUCUCACAGAGAUGGACCUGCAGUCAUUUGAUCACAAAAGAAACGCCAGGAGCCAGCGCAGCAGGAACUCUGUGAUCUACAGUUUUGCUGGAACCCAGCAGAGGAACCGUUGCAGCACCUUCAGAGUCCGACGCAGCCAGACCAUCUACUGGAAGGAGGGGCUGCUGGUCACUUUUGAUGGAGGUUAUCUCAGCGUGGAGUCAUCAGACGUCAACUGGAAGAGAAAGAAAAGUGGAGGCAUAAAGAUCAUCUGCCAGUCAGAAAUGAGAGAUUUCUCUGCCAUGGCCUUCAUCACAGACCACGUCAACUCUCUGAUAGAGCAGUGGUUCCCUGCUUUGACAGCCAGUGAGAGUGAUGGGAGUCUCCUCAUAGAGCAGUACGCCCCCUGUCCUCUCUGUGCCUCACUGGGCCAACAGAAGCAGGCCAAGCUCCUGACCAGCCGGCCUGGCCAGGUUGGAGAGAGAGGAAAUCGUGGAGGAGAUGAUGGAGGAGGAGGAGGAGGUGGAGCUGCGGUUCAUUACUUUAACAUGGAGGACUGUGUGCUGGCUGCAGUGGAGAAGGAGCAUAUCAUUUGUCCUCAGCAUCCUGACCAGCCAGUCCCCCUACAGGAGCUGGUCCCAGAACUGUUCAUGACUGACUUCCCUGCACGUCUCUUUUUGGAGAAGGCCCAGCUGGAGUACUCUGACGAGGAGAAUAACAUCCUUGGCCAGGGUGGCAGUGGGACUAUCAUCUACCGAGCUCGAUAUUGUGACCAGCCAGUGGCCGUCAAACGCUUCCACUUCAAGACGUGUCGACACCAGAUCAUCAGCAGUAACACAGACACCAUGUUGAAACACCUGCAGUCUGCAGAUGCCUGUCGGAGCUUCUCUGAAUUUCGCCAGGAGGCCAGUAUGUUGCACUCUCUUCAGCAUCCCUGCAUCGUUUCUUUGGUGGGCAUCAGCAUACAUCCACUUUGCUUUGCCCUGCAGUUAGCCCCCCUAGGCAGCCUCAACACUGUGCUGGAGGAGAAGCACAAAGGCAAAGGCUCCAAGUACAUGCCCCUUGGUCACAUGCUAACCUUCAGAGUAGCGUAUCAGAUUGCAGCAGGACUGGCAUACCUUCACAGGAAGAGCAUCAUCUUCUGUGACCUUAAAUCUGACAACAUCCUGGUGUGGUCUCUGCAGGUGCAGGAUCCUGUCAACAUUAAACUGUCUGACUAUGGCAUUUCUCGACAAUCCUUCCAUGAGGGCGCAUUGGGGGUCGAGGGGACACCGGGUUACCAGGCUCCUGAGAUCCGACCAGGCAUCGUGUAUGAUGAGAAGGUGGACGUGUUCUCUUAUGGUAUGGUGCUGUAUGAGCUGCUGUCUGGGCAAAGGCCAGCGCUGGGACAGCACCAGCUUCAGAUAGCGAAGAAGCUCUCCAAAGGCAUACGGCCAGUUCUGGGCAGUCCAGAGGAGGUUCAGUUCCACUGCCUCCACAGCCUGCUGACUGAAUGCUGGGACACCAAGCCUGAGAAGAGGCCGAUGGCCAUGCAGUGUGUGAGGCAGAUGCAGGAGCCUAGCUUCCCCUGCCUCAGGUAUGUGUUGUCCUGUGACAGCCACUCGCAGCUCUUCCUGUCCCAGCUGCAGGGAUACAGUGCCGUUUUCUGGAACGGAGACAAGGACGAUAGGAACUACAGUGUGGUGAAUGUGGAGAAGGGCCAGGUGGAAGUGAAGAGGAUGUCUUGUCCAGGCAGCAGGAUUAGCUGUCAGAUGAAGAUGUGUAACACUCUGUGGAUGGCCACUGAGGAGCAGGAAGUGUUCAUCUACAGUCUGAAGGACAUGUGUCCACUCAGUCAACCCCAGAAACAGUUUUCCUGUCCAGCCGUCAUCACGUGCCUGUUCCCUGUUCCAGCAAUAGAACAGAGGCUGGCCAGAGUGUUUGCGGGGAUGUCUGAUGGCCUGGUGGCAGUGUACAACUUGGUGGAGGACCUUCCUCUGGAGGGGGAAACCUACCUGUGUUCGCACACCCUUAACAAAACGGUCUUUGGUCUGAAGGACUCAGAUCCCAGGCAGAGACCCUACCCAGUCUUGAGCAUGACUCUGGUCAGCAGUGGCUCCCAGUUAUGGUUCUCAAAUGGUCCGGGUGUGCUGGUCAUUGACUGUCUGAGUCUUCAGGCAGUUCGAAGGCUGGAGCCCUACAACCCGCCAUCUUCCAUCGUAUCCAUGGCAACGAGCUUCAGUCUGUGGGGAGAGGAGGCUAUCUGGACCCUUGAUGACCACAUCAACACCCUGCUGCUCUACCAUGCUGCCUCCUAUGAGCUCUGUGCCAAGUACUGCUGCAGAGAUAGCAAUCCUCUACGAGACAUCUUCACCGUGCAGCGUCCUGCAGGGGUUACCACAGUGACAGACACUAACCUCAAGACCGUGGACCAAGAAGAGAAGCUGGAAUGGACUAAUGGAGAAGUGACAUUGAUCCACAGUGAGGAGGCGGGCACUCAGAUCAUCCAGCACCAGGAUUCACUGACAGACUACUGCUCCAUAUCAUCUAACUCCCUGGAGCUGCUGGGGUCAGACUGUUCCAGCACUGGUGACCUUGGCUCGUUAGCCACCCACAGCAGUGUGGCACUGCCAGCAGACCGGGGUGGGUCAUUCACCAAUCCUGAUCUGGACUCUGCAGAGACUGUGAGUCCCACAAUGCCUCAGCUGCAAGCCUUCAAGGUGCUGCCAGUGAGUGGAACUCUGUGGAUCCCCAGACGUGGAGGUGAUGUGAUGGUCAUAGAGGUGCAGUCACACGGCGAUCAGCUGAGGGGACGUGUCAUCGCUGUCCUCAGUCCACCUGGAUGUUCCUCUUUGGGGAUCCUGGAGGAGGCAGCAUUAGUGGCAAAGGACACAGUUGUAUGUGGCUUUCAUAAGGAAAACAUGGAGUGGUGCCUGUGUGUCUGGAGGGGCUGGGGCAGCUGCGAGCUGGAAGUCUUCUACCAGUCUUACGAGGAACUGGGCCGCUUGGAGACCAGCAUGAGGAAAAGAAGGUAGCUGUUGUGCUGCAACAGCGAGGUGCAGAAUCGCAGCUCUGUAUGGAGGGCGAGCCAAGGGGAAUACACACCGACAGACUGCCAGUGUUCAGAGCAGGAGGCGGCCGAAUGCUGACAUCAGGGCAACGUAGGAGGGGGGGAGGUCUGCCAUAAGGGCUGAGCCUCAAGCUGUGCACAGUGGUUAUAUCCCCUCACUGCAUACCUCAGCACCAAUAAUAUGUUAAGACCUGAGAAAUCAGUAAUCUCACAGCAGACAUGAAAAGCCAUAAAGCUGAGUCACAGAUCAAGCUUGCCAUAACAAAACUUUAGAUGCUUUAGUAAGUGACUGGACUUCUGCACAGAGGUUUCAAUGUUGGUUACAUUUUCACAUUUAGUGCUAUAUGCCAGAUUUGCUACUGGCAGCAGUCUGUCAGCCAGGUUGGUGUGACUUGGAUUCAGUUCAAGAUGUGGUGGUCUGUUGGGGCCUAAUUCCAGCUGCUGCAGUCUAUUGUUUAUUCUUUGUCUAUUUCAGUCUUCCUUUAUUUAACUGUUCCAGUUUGAAACUUUAUUCCCUUUGGAGGUGACAGUGGAUGGGGACAUUCUGAAGGAACAAUUAUUGACUGUUUUGAAAUGAAUUGGUAUUGGAAAUAAGCUGCUGGUAAACAGCUGUGUUGUUGGAACAGACAACUGGUUAUAGAUGGGUGGAUGGCAGUGACACUGACACUCUCACAUACUCAGAACACAGUGUUCCUCUCUUUUCCAGUGUAUUUUAGCCUUACACUAUGCCGUAUGAAUCUGCAUGCCAGCCAAAGCUCCCACUGUUACCAGAGUGGCCUGUACGCAACAAACUAACAUCUGUGUUCUGUGCAGCGUUAUGCAACAGACUUUUUGCUUUUGGCAGGUUCUUACAGAUAAAACACUUUCUUUUAAACAAAGCUCCAUUUUGGCCUAAGACUCCAGUGUGUUCUUCGCUUGCCUCUGCUCCUCUAGCAUCAUUUUCAGCAGAAAAACAUCUUCAAAGAUGAAACAUGUUCUUGGGGUUUUACCUCUCUAUUAAGCAGGAGUUUUCAGUGUUACCGGUCUGCCUUUCCUUCACAGGGUUCACAUUACCUUCUCAUGCACAAAGGAUUCAGAGGCGGGUGCGUCCGCACAUUUUAGAUAAUGGAGACCACAACACUAGCUCAGUAUAAACAUCUUGAGUCUUCUUUAUUAGAACAAUAUGCGUUGAUGAAUCCUGUCAGCUGCAGUUUGUGUGGCUGGGCUGUAAACAGAUACACCAGUUGCCAGUCUGAUUCUCUUGUGUUCCUGACGGAGUCGCUGGCCAAGGAAUUUGCCUCACACGGUGGUCAGUACAUAUGUAAUUUUAAACAGAACCAGUAACCACAAGUGUCAACACAUCAGCCAGGACAAUCAGUAGGACUACAAAUUUAACUAAGUUCAGAUAAUUCACUCCCACGAGGCUUUGACAGUCUGUCAAUAGCUUAUCAUUUGUAUGUUGUUGAAAUCCAACAAAAUAAUACUUAAUACCUAAUUAUAAAACUAACCUAAUUAUCUUGCUUAAAAUGACAGGUUGCACAAAUUUUACUAUCCCUCAUUGUAUAGUAGAACAUACCCGUGCAGGUUAGUCUGUUGACAGAAAACACCAGGAACAUGUUCUAGCUUUUCAGAAAUGCUGAUGAAAGAAACCCUCUAUACAGGAAUUCACUGAGUCACAGAUGUUAGCGGAGCGGAGUCUAUCUACAAGAGAGGGGAAGACUUUAGAUCUGUAUAGAGACCUUUAAAAUGUAUCACGUGUGUAAAUUUAUUUGCUCUUGCUUUCUUGCUCCCUGGUGUAUUCACACAGGACUAGUGUUUCCAGGAGACCUCACGAGAUCAGACCACCACGUCUGUGUUCACAUGGUAUAUUUCACCCAGUAGUUCGGACCAAAACAUCGGGAUUAUCACCAAAGGAGACUGAAGCAUGAGAUACCAUAAUAGAAUAUUGUGGCGAUCUUAUAGACAGAUUCAAUGUUUCUUUCCAAACCAUAUCAGUAAUUCCCACUGCAGCGCCCAAAAACAUGAGGAAUAAAUGAGCCUAAGUGAAUGAAAUGCUGAAUCACAUGGGGCUAAUGCUAAUUUCAUCAGGUGAGGUCUGUUUGGUGAAGUAUUAAAUUUAAUUUCCAGAGCCAUUUUUUAAUGGUAGAUCAAAGACGUGCCAGAUUCAUGCAGGAUUAAAAGCACGGGAUGCCACUUACAACAGGGCUUUGGGUGAAGCAUUUGUUAAAUUGUGUGGUUACAAUGACAAGCUGUCAAUGUAAACGUUGAGAACCACUGUAGGAAAUCAUUACUCCCCACAUGGUUUUAAAUAUUUAAAUCUUUUUUUUUUCUUUUUUUCCGGGCAACUUGUUUACUUAGACUAGCACAUUUACACUUCUUCAGUGGCCAGUAACAUGUAUAUAGUCUAUAACAGCCUUGAAGUAAGGCAGAGGUUAUUUAUUUUCCAGAAUGUAUAAUGACAGUCUGUUGCAAUAGAAGUUGUUGUGUACCUAAUCACUGUACAAUA